GCAUAUCAUCCAUCUAGAAUUGAAGUAAAAAUGGCCAAGGUGGAGAUUCCACAGACUAGAAUAGGCUCAAUGGGUGCAACCAUGCCUUUAAUAUGCUUUGGAACAUCUUAUAGUGUUUUGGCUCCUUCGGAGUUUCUGAAACCAAGUGUUGUUAAUGCAAUCAGACUUGGCUAUAGACAUUUUGACACUGCUGCCUUCUAUAACUCAGAGGAGUGUCUUGGUGAAGCCGUUACAGAGGCUUUGAGCCUCGGUCUGAUCAAGUCUCGCGCUGAUCUUUUUAUCACAUCAAAGCUUUGGUGUAGUGAUGCACACUCUGAUCGCGUGCUUCCUGCUCUACAAAAAACUCUCAAGAACCUUGGGAUGGAGUAUGUUGAUCUCUACCUUAUUCAUUUUCCUGUGAGCUUGAAGCCCGGGAGUCAGGGUAUACCUUUUCCUUCAGAAGAUGUUCUUCUCAUGGAUUUCAAGUCUGUCUGGGAAGCCAUGGAGAAGUGUCAAAGCCUUGGCCUUUCUAGAAACAUAGGAGUCAGCAAUUUCUCUAGCAAGAAGCUCGAGACCAUACUUUCAUCUGCAAAGAUCCCUCCUGCUGUUAAUCAGGUGGAACUGAACCCUCUGUGGCAGCAGAAGAAGUUGCGGGAAUAUUGUAGGAAAAAUAAUGUACAUCUUUCAGGUUUUUCCCCUUUAGGCGCCCCAAACACAUGGUGGGGAAAUAAUAGAGUCCUGGACUGCGAGGUGCUGAAGAGUAUUGCUAAAGCUAGAGGAAAGACAGUUGCUCAGGUAUGUUUAAGAUGGUGUUACCAGCAAGGUGCAAGUGUUAUUGUUAAGAGCUUCUCAAAGGAAAGAAUGGUUGAAAAUUUAGAGAUAUUUGACUGGGAACUGAGUGCUGCUGAGUGUCGAGAGAUAGAACAGAUUCCCCAGCAGAAGGGUUACACUGGACACCACUUCAUUUCAUCGGAAGGACCUUACAAAUCUUUUGAGCAAUUCUGGGAUGAAUAGCUUCCUACAUGUAUUAGUCUAGAAUAAACUACCCUUGUAUUAUGUAUGUAACCUAGUAUUCUCCGAAUACUUAUUAAAAGAUUUGUGGCUUAUUUACUGA